AUGGAGACCAUCUUGUCGCCGCCAUUGCCUUUCACAUUUGAGGAGGGCAUGCUGGAUUCUUCGGGAAGAUUGUGUGACAAUUGGGAGAAAUGGAAAAAAGGUUUCAAGAUAUAUUUUUGUGCGUGUGAGUUGGAAAAGAAAUCUGCAAGUAUUCAAAUGAACAUAUUAUUGCAUGUUAUUGGAGAACAAUGUCGUGAAAUUAUUGAUCAGUCAACGGAACGUAUAAAUAACUUAGACGGUGUUUUUAAAAAAUUGGACGAUCAUUUCAAAAUUAAAAAGAACGUUACGGUGGAACGUCAUAAGUUUUUUACAAGAUCGCAAAAAGAAAAUGAAUCUAUUGAGCAAUAUGUUUUGGAUUUAAAGAAAUUAGCACAAACAUGUGAAUUUGGAAUUUUGAAUGAAGAUUUAAUAAAAGACAGAUUAGUGUGUGGAUUACAUAGUUCUACUAUUAGAGAGCGGUUAUUACGAGAAGAUGAUUUAACGCUAAAUAAAGCUAUGGAUAUAUGUCGAGCGGUGAUAGUUUCCCGAGUAUAUUCAGAUAAUAUAAAACAAGAAAAAGAUAUGAUAUGCGAUAUCAGUGACCAAUCGAAAGCGGCCGUCAAAAUGAUGAAGCUGGACCGUCCCGGGUAUCGAAGUGGGGAACACGUGCGUCGUUGCCGCCGCUGA